CAUUCUUCUAUUGAACAGGUAAGUACAUAGACGUGUGUCUUACCGUCGCUAUACACCGUGGCGAAUCGGUACGUGCUUUCUUCGGGUUAUCUGGUGCUGGUUCGGUUGAUUCGACUCAAGAUCUUGGUUUUAUAGCUGCAAGAAAAGAAAUCAAUCCGAAAAUGAAAAAAGUUUUCGUACUCUUGUGUGCGGUGGUCGCCGUCAUGGGACGUAAAAGCAAGGUCCACGAGCAAAUGACCCAGAAGGAAAUUCAUUCCAUCUUCGGUAAAAACGCUGCUCUCGCAAAACCGGUACCAGAUUACGAGGUGGUCCCAGUGGCCCAUGCCCAGCACAAAAGAAGCGCCGAUCACCGCAUUGUCCGACUGACGAGCUUCGAACGAGACAUGACUCUCUACCUCGAGCCGACCGACAGUUUUCUCGCUGGAGUCGAUACCCCGGUCUUUAAGGCCAGAUCUAACACCAGUGCGCCGUCUGGAGUCGAAUACGAACGCGUUCACAAUGCGAUCAAGUCCGAGCACAACUUCUACCAAGACCCGGAGAACCUGGCCGCUCUGGUUAUCAAGGACGAGGAAGACGGCAAUGCCGCUAUCCACGGUGUGAUCGACGACUACGCGAUCCGUCCAUUACCGAAACGUCUGCGCAGCCAGUUCAGUAGGGAGAAGCGUCAAGCUCGCGAUGAAUUUUUGAAAUCCAAUCGCUCGGUAUACCAUCAGGAUCUCGAGGACACGCACCACCACGUCGUGUUCAAGCUCCCGAGCAGCGAGAAAGCCGAGGCGGGAAGCAAGGGACUACCCGUGAGGGAGAAACGCGCGGCUCGUAAGGCUAGUAAUGCUGUACCGGAUAUCAUUCAUCCUCAGGUGUUGGUUAUACUGGAGUCGACGUUGUUCGAUGUGUUCAAGCAGGACUUCGACAGCGUGGUGGACUACGUUCUUUCUUACUGGAAUGCGGUCGAUCUGAGGUACCGUGUCUUCCGGAGUCCAGAUGUGAGGCUGAACAUCGCUGCUAUCAUCCUGUCGGAGGAUCACAACGUCACGCCGUACAUAGCGAAGAAUCACGUGAACGUAACCGAAAAUGUGAAUAACAAGAUCGAAGUUACUACCGCUCUGAGAAACAAGUCGCAGUUCUUCUUCCCGGAGACCACCUAUAACGACGCUGAUAAGUCGAUGACGAUGAAGAGAUUAGGAGUCCUGUACGAUAUGGUCAUCACUAUGUCUCCCUACGACAUGUGUCAAUUCUCACCGCAUUGCUUGAAGGACGGAAAGUACGUGUGCCGUGUUAUGACGAACAGACUGAAUAAGGAAUGCAUCACUCUAGGAUACGCCUACUACACCGGCGCCUGCGCCUUCGACGGCGACGAGGGUCUCAUGGAAGCGGUAGGAAUCGUAGAGGAUCAGGGUGGCUUCAGUGGAAUCAUCCCAACCGCUCACGAAAUCGGUCACCUAAUGGGAGCUUCGCACAGUGCCACCAACGUAAACCAGUGUCCAGUCGACGACGGUUACAUCAUGUCCUACAAGCUGACGGUCAGCAACAAGAGCUUCAUAUGGUCCAACUGCAGCGAGUCGAGCAUCAAGAAGUUCCUCACCAACCUGGAAAGAGCGCAGUGUCUCUUCAACACCCCAGAGACGGUGAAGCCAGUCGCUCGCAUACUCCCGGGCAAGGUCUUCUCCAGAACUGAGCAGUGCGACAGGAUCAUGGGUACGCACUCCUGCGACCGAGCUCCCAAGGACAACGACUGCGUCCAGCUUUACUGUACCAAGCAGAACAGCAACGUCUGCAUGAUGGCACCUUACGCUGCGGUACCAGAAGGCACACCCUGUGGCACAGGAAUGCACUGCAUCAACGCCAGAUGCGUCAGCGAGGACGAGAGCACCGUCGAACUCGAGCUGGGAACCAAGCCACCGGUUGGUCGUCGAGGACGAUGGCGGCAAUAUAAACCUUCUUUUUUGCUUUCGUGAAACAAAAAACGAUCGCUACGUCGAUCGAACGUACGUGCAUGACUAAUGUUUAGUCAACAACUAUUGUAUACGAUGUUUACAAUAAACCUUUUAUCCUCCA